GGAGACAUAGAAGAACAAAAAAACACAAACAAGCAGACUAAGCCUAACUUCCCUGCCUCAUUCAUACAUUUGCCAAAGAUGUAGUAGCGAAGGGAAGCAAAAUGCAGACCUGCUUUGGUUGCAGCAUCUCAGCCCAUCCCUUGUUCUUUUGUUCCUUCUCAGCCCAGCCCACUUAAAUCUGGCAUGUUAUCCCAUGGCAGAAAUGCAUAACUCCUAGCAACUCCAAUUCCCCUUCAUCAUUGAUUAGUGAUGGGAAAAUUAGCCCUUCUUGUCUUCCAUGUCCCCUUUCUUUUCAACUGACAGUUAAAAUUCACAUCUAAUUUCUUCUCCAUGUUUUUUUAACUUGUUGAAAAGUUUAUGCCUAGCUGUAUAUUAUAUAUAUGUUGCACCAUGUUUUAUGUGUGUGUAUACAAAUUAAAUUAAUACUUUGUUGAGAGAGAAAUAGAAUAUUAGUGUUUGGACUUUGGAAGUAUAGUUCAAUGGAGUCCAGCAGUACAGCUAGAAAUCUUCUAAGGUUUGCAGCUUUUUCACCAGCUUACUAUCAAGGGAGGAAGGAAGAUAAUAGCAGCAGAAACAUCAUUGAUUUGGGAUUAAGCCUUGGGGUUAUGAACAACCAUGAGGAGACUAAUUACCAUAAUCCAUCUCCAUGUGAAAAUAGCUACGAAGAGCUGAUAGAUUGGCAAGAUUUGCACCCACAGCCAGGGAAUAGAAGAAUUAAGGGAAGGAGUGUGCAUUUAAGAAAGUACUCAUCAGCAGAGAGCUGUGAUGAAGAAGAUGAUGAUGAAGUGAUUGAAAGCAAAGAGAAGAGAUGGGCUUAUGUGAAAGUCAACAUGGAUGGAGUCGUCGUUGGAAGGAAAAUUUGCCUUCUUCAUCAUUUCAGUUACCACACUCUUGCUCUUCAGCUAGAAGACAUGUUCGGGAAGCAAUCCAAAAGAGGGUUAAUAAGGUUAUUCGAAGAAGGUUCAGAGUUUUCCCUAUUUUAUAAGGAUGGAGAUGACGUGUGGAAGAUGGUUGGAGAUGUUCCCUGGGAGUAAGUUUUAUGCUUUAGGCUGCUACUUUAUUUGGUAUUUUGUAAUAUAUGAAACAAGCUGUUUAAAGACAAAAUUAACAAAAUGUUUGAGCGUUAGUGCAAAAUAUGUUGUAACAAUGAAUUGAUGGUCAUUGAAGCAAUGAAGCUAGUCAUGUAAGAAGUUCUUUUUGGCAAUGUAGGCAUGGUUUAGUAAAAGUAAAGAAUCAGUAAGGUGUAUAAUUAAUUCACUAAUGAAUUCAUGAAAAAAAGCAGUUUAAUUGUAAAGACACUAUUCAAAUUAGAGAUAUCAUACAACUGAUGACGCUGAAGAGACCAUUUUAUUUGAUUUUUUUAAUGUCAAACUACAUUUUCAAAAUAUUACAUUUUACACCCCAAAAAAUAGUUUUACAAGUUUAUUUUUCUUCAUGAACACUAUUUUAUUUUUCUCUUAUGUUGUUUAUACGAAGUAUAUCCAAAUUUUAUUGUAUUUUAAUUUAAUUUGUGCUACUUCAUAGAACUUUCAAUGUAGUUUAUGAGUUUAAAAAUAUUGAUUAUUAAAAUGGUUUAACUAUUUGGUGUAAAGAUUUAACUUUAUCAUUAGUCAACUUUGAAAGUCACAAACUGCAAAUCUAUUUAAGAUAGAGAAGUAACUGUGUGUUUUACUCCCUAGUCCCUACAUUCUUUAGUUGAAACUAUUUGUUGAUUACUUGAUUGAGAAAAAGAGUAAUGAGCAAGCUACCAAAAAUGUAAGUGGUAGGAGAAUGGAUGAAAAGUACCAUCUCUAGUCAAAAAAUAAAUGAAAUUGUUUAAAAUAGAAGUAAAUAUAAUGUGAUAUUUUCAAAUAGGAAUACUACAUAUGUUUUUAAAUAAUUUAAAUAAGAAUACUUCCAUUGAGGAACAAGACUACUAGAUUAUGAUAGUAAUAUUGUCAUAUUAAUGGCUUAUAAUAUCAUAUGACAAUUUCAUUUCAACAUAACAAUAGUUUACUUCAUUUCACGAAUAUAACAUUAUAACAUGAAUUUAGUGGGUUAAAAUAGUUUCUCAUGAAUUUGGGUUGACUAUGAACAGGGAUUUCGUGGAUGCCGUGAAGCGACUGCGAAUUGUGAGGAAGAAGCAACCAUCCCCUUUUUAUCAAUGUUAUAAUUUUCCAAAUUAGACUAAAAAAGAAAAGAAAAACAGAGAGUGAUCAAUUUUCUGAGAUGACCUUUAAGUUUACAAUGUUUCUCAAAAAUGAUCUUUUCGAUCUAUUAAUUUUGACAAUCUCGAUAAGCUAAAUUAGAUAACACUAAUUAUUUUUGGAGGAAUAGUUAUUUUGAGAUGUACCAAGAGUCUAAGGUUGUAAUUCUUCCCAAAAAUGUAAGUCUAAUUGACACAUUUAGCUUUUAUUGCUCAAAUAUUUUUUUCAUUUGUAACACUAAGAACUAAGAAGUUCUUGUAUUGUGACAAAGAAUCGAUGUUCC